AUGUGGUAUCGGGAUCAUAGGCGUGCCAAAGACCGAUGGGUGGCAGAUAAGAAAUUGCAAGACGCCGCUUGGAAUAGGGUCACGUCUUCUGACGCCGAUCUAAACGAACGCGCUGUCGCACUCGGUACGACCGACGCAAUGUGGAUGAAGCGCAAACUCGGUCUUGGACUAGGAACGUCUAAACACAACACCACAAUCGACACUGUCGACUAUCCUGGUGUCACAAGCACGGUCAAGGGAAUCCUCAACUAUUCCAGUUCGAACAAGAACUCUCUAGGAAAUUGUGGUUUCGUAUCCACGUUCACUGGUGGAGGCAACUUCAAAGUAAUCGGUACCCUUGCACACCUCGGUCUCGGCUUCUUCGAUCAUCUACGGUAUCCUAUGUACAAAGGUGGAUUCGAAGUCGUAAUUACCCGUGCUGAAGAUAACGAUGCUCUAUUCGUUUGGAAAGGAUCAGCCACGACAGACACGAUGCCGGACGAGGGAAAAGUCGAAAUCAAAUCCUUCGUUCUUCGAGUUCCGUUAGUCGAGUAUACAGCCACCAGCAAGAUUCAAUUGAUCGAUGGGUUGACCCGUUUGAGUGAUCAUAGUAAAUUGGUAUACAACUAUUACCAGUGGCAGUAUAUUGAGAAGAAAGGUGUUUUCGGGGCCUCGUUCAACUUCGAUAUCACAAACGUUUAUAGAAAUGUAUACAACCCGAAAUUUGUCAUUGUGGGGUUGCAAACUAGCCGUUGGAAUGACCAGAAGAAAAUUCCCUCCCGUUUUGAUAGUUGCAACAUAAAAAAUGUCGAUGUGAAAAUAAACGGAGAACGUUAUCCCCAAGAAAUGCAGAACAUACACAUCUCUGAAGGCAAAUGGAGACUGUUGUACGAACAGUUGGUCAGAUAUCGUCUGGUGAACUUUGGAGACACCAAUGUGUUCGUAUCUCCUUCAGAGUUCAAGAAUGACUAUCCGCUGUUGGUGAUAGACACUCAUAUUCACCCAAUGAGCACAGAUUGCUCAAGAAGUGACAUCCAGAUUGAGUUAGAUUUCGUAAAUGCUAUCGCGACCGCACAAGCCGAUGCCGGAACAACAGCAUACGUAGUCGUGGUCUCUGAAACUGGAUUCAGUUAUGACAUUUCAAGAAACAUCAUUAGACAACUGUAUACAAUUUCUAGAUCACUGUAA